AUGGAGAAGAACGCCAAGAUUGUCAUCAUCGGGGCCGGAAUAUUUGGGCUCUCUACGGCCUAUCAGCUUGCAUCAGAAGGUCACCGAAACAUCGUCGUUCUCGACCGGCACAUGCCACCAGUACCGGAUGGAUCUAGCUCUGAUAUCUCGCGCGUCGUUCGUUUCGACUACGCCGAUGAAGACUACCUUGGACUCGCCUACGAGGCCUAUGUGAAGUGGCGGGACGAUGCUAAAUACCAAGGCAUUUUCGAGCGCGCUCGAUACAUCCUUGUCGGCAAGACUAGUCCGUAUGGACAAGACUGGAUUACCAAGACGACAUCUGCACUCACUAAGAAGAAUCUGCCAUGGACAAAGCUUGAAGAUGCCGCGGCGGCGAGAAAGGAAUUUCCCGUGCUCUCAGGAGAGCUUGCGACGCCGGGGUUUUUUGGUUACCACAAUCAACAGGCUGGGUGGGCUGAUGCCGCUAAAGCGGUUACCCAGCUUCGGGAUGAUUGCUUCGAACUUGGCGUUUCCUUUAUCGCUGGUCGGAGUGGAACCGUGGUUGACUUCGAAACUGAUUCCCAAAAAAGCAUUAACGCAGCUUUGACACUUGAUGGUAACCGAGUCGCGGGCGACCAUUUCAUAUUGUCGACCGGAGCCUGGACUUCGGGCCUGGUUCCCAUGUACAAUUCCGUCUUGUCGACAGGCCAUGUUAUCGGAUAUGUUAAACUUACCCCAGAAGAGAUUCAGAAGUACAAAGAUCUCCCGAUCUAUGCAAACUUCUCUACCGGAUGGUUUAAUUUCCCUCCUCACCAAGAUACCGGUAUGCUCAAGAUGGCAAUUCACGGAUGGGGAUACACGCGUACCCCUAGAAAAGAGGAUAUUACUGCCAUUCAAGAACGACGAAACUUCGUCCCACAGGACGGUGAGACUCGUUUACGAGAGGGUCUCCGCGAAAUUCUCCCAGAACUGGCUGACAGGGCAUUCGAUAAACUUGCUCUAUGCUGGUAUACGGACACCCCGAGUGGCAACUUCAUUAUGGACUAUCAUCCGGACUAUGCCAACCUCUUUGUCGGAGGAGCUGGCAGUGGACAUGCCUUCAAAUUCCUCCCUGUGCUAGGAAAAUACAUAUCGCUUGCUUUGAAGAAGAAGUUGCCUGAGCAACUUGCGGAGAAAUGGCGCUUCCGAAAGGAGUACGUAUCGCAGACCGACACUUUUCUGGGUGACGGGAGCCGCGGAGGACCAGCUAGACGAGAACUGGACACCGAGGAAAAAGCCAAGCUGUAG